UUCGUGUAGCACAGGGAUCCGAUCACUUGUGUCUGGGCAGAGCCGGAGCCUCACGCGCUGAUCCGGGACCGGAGCCUCCGCCACCACAGGACCAAUGCCCAGAUACGAGAUGGCGCUGAUCCUCAAGGCCAUGCAGCGGCCUGAGACAGUGGCAACUUUGAAACGUACGAUAGAGACUCUGAUGGAAAAAGGAGCCAUUAUACGGAACCUGGAAAACCUCGGGGAGAAGAAUCUUCCUUAUAAGAUCUCCAAGCACAGUCAGCGUCACACGCGAGGAGGGUACUUUCUAGUUGACUUCUAUUCUCCACCCAACAUCGUUCCCAGCGUGCUGGACCAUCUAUCCCGUGACAUCGAUGUCAUCAGACCAACCAUCCUGAAACACGAUGAGGAGAAGCCACCAGAGAGGCCGUGUCCCGGAAUGCUUCCCCCUACCAAUCUUGAGUCAAAGUUCAGCCGUAGGAAGAAGAAAUGAGGCGGAGUCCAUCGAUGUGGAAGCUGGCUUGUGUAUAAAGCAUUGUAUAUUUUUCUUUUCUUAAGUCUGGUAGAAUAAAUAAUAAAAUAUCAUUCAAUUUCAA